GAGUAGGCAGCAUGAUGAUCUUAUUGUUAGCACUUCUGGGUGCAGCAGCUGCAGCACCUCUGAAUGAUAAGAUAGUUGGUGGUUAUGAGUGUAGGGCUCACUCUCAGCCUUGGCAAACUUCUUUGAACAUUGGAUAUCAUUACUGUGGCGGCUCCCUCAUCAAUGAUCAAUGGGUCAUUUCUGCUGCCCACUGCUGGAUUGACCCCUAUGCCCAAAUUGUUAUCCUGGGUGAGCACCAUAUCUGGAUGUAUGAGGGCACAGAGCAAUACAUGACUGUGGAUGCCAUCUACUGGCACCAAAGUUAUGACUACCAGACAUUAGACUUUGACAUCAUGCUGAUGAAGCUGUCUCACCCUGUGACCAUAAAUGAGUUUGUGAAGCCUAUUGCUCUGCCUAAGGCAUGCCCUACUCCUGGGGACAUGUGCGUGGUGUCGGGCUGGGGCAACAUCUAUUCAGAUUCAGUGUUCAACCCAUUUAACCUCCAGUGUGUAGACGUGCCCAUUCUCUCCCAUGAGGUCUGUGAGAACUCCUACCCAGGCAAGAUCUCAAAUAAUAUGGUCUGUGCUGGAUAUCUGGAGGGAGGCAAGGAUUCUUGUCAGGGUGACUCUGGUGGUCCUCUGGUGUGUAAUGGUGAACUGCAGGGUAUCGUAUCAUGGGGUUAUGGCUGUGCCCAGCCUGAUUUCCCUGGUGUCUACACUAAAGUCUGUGCUUUACUGCCUUGGAUCUAUGACAUUCUUAAAAGUUACUAGGCCUCUAGGCAACCAGAGAGACACCAGUCUGAAUCCUCCAUAACAACAAUACUUCUCUGAAUUUACACAAUCAUCUUUGAGGUUCUUAUAAUAUAACAUUAUCAGAGUUAAAGAAUUUAACAGAAUGUAAUAAAAAUCUAAUGCAUACAUACAUUUUAUAAA